UUGUGUUUGUUGGGGAAAGCUUUUUGUGUGAUAUGGUGCUUUCAAGACAACUAGCAACUCGGAAAAAAAAACUAGGUCAAAUCAUGGCUUCAGUGAUCUCCAGGGCGGAAAGUCGGAGCUCUAGAAAGAUGCCCAAGUUUCGACUUGAAAUUCCGAGUUGGAUAACCGUCCAAAACAUUUUCUCCCAGUUGGAGCUCGUUUUUUUCCCGAGGUCCCAGUUGACUUGAACGCACUGAAGUCGGAAGUCGGAGAUUUCCGAGCUCCCAGUUCCCAGUUUACAACUAGGGUAAAUGAAGAGCCUGUGAAUAUGGAUGGUUGUGUGGUCCAUCUCCACACAGUGAAAUUCAAGCCCAAAAUAGAUGGCAGCAGGGGUAACUUCACUGCCCAACCCAUCAAAGUUCACUUCCACGAGCUGCUGGGAACCAGUGAUGCCCCUGAGCUCGUUCCACAGGUAGAUAAUACGGAUAUCCUGCAUUCAGUGGUUGCUCUGAUUGAUGUGUCUCUUCCUGAUGUUGGCUCUCGAGACGUCCAUGACACGGUACACAGCCAUGGAUCGUACACUAUUAUCCUUCUCAGGCAACAGUCAGAUGUUUUAGGAGAGUACAGAAGCAGAACACCGCCCAGUUUUCGAGGGGAACCUGUGAGCUCCCCUGUCCCUGCAGUGGUAAAUGGGCAUAGAGAAUCAGAGGGGCGAUACCUCCAAGUGUUCAGUGAAUCAGAAGACAGUUCAGACAGCUCUGAUGAGCAUGAAGAAGGCAAGGAGGGCACAGAGCCCAGGUUUGCGUCUGCGUGGGAGACCUUCUGUACGGGGCUGGAGGAGUUCCUGGCCAGGGCACGGGAGCGGAGGGCACAGAGAGAGGCUCCGGGAGACGACCAACAGAUCCUGCCCACAGCCGUUGGAGCUGAGUCACUCAUCGUAGGGGCUGCAUCGUACAAAUUAAAGACAUUGUCAACAGGAGAGAAGGCGCUACAGUUAUCUCUAAUGGCUACCAGGAAAUGCUAUCGGAACUGUGGAGUGGGUCGCUACAUCAUAGAGCUACUGAAGACCCAGUCUGUGUGUGGAGCCUACGAUGCGUUCCUCGCUCACUUCUUCUCAUGCUGAGGACUCACUGACGAUGCCCUGCUCAACGACAAGUUCCGAGUCAGAGAGCCUUAACCCAGGGUUUUCCUUGAUGCUGCCGGAGCUCGAGCUGGAGGUGGAGAUGGCGAGGACUAAGGCCCUGGCAGCCUAUCAGCAGCAGGCAGUGUGUGUGACAAGGCUGGUCAGAGAGGUCAAGACCCUUAGAGAACAGCUGGAGUUACAGAGGAGAGAAGUGGACAACCUAAACAAUGAGUUGGACAAGGAGAGAGAGCGACGGCACAGAGUAGAACAGCAGUUCUUAGAGUAUAAACUAAGGAAGAAAUGACAGCUUCUAGAGAGGCAGGUGAUUUGCGACUCAGAUGAUUCCGACCAGAAUGACCCAGAAUCUCCCAGUGAACCCAUCAGCUCACCUCCUAGUCCUUUGGACCUGUCAUUGGAUGCAGAGAUGUAGGAGAUAGAAGCUGAAGAUGGAGUCAAGCCGAAGAAGAUUCAGG